UCGAUAUUGUACGUCUGGCUGAAGUCAGUGUUUUAGUUUUUGCAUUUUACAUGAACAGUUCUUCUGUUUUCCUUCAUUAUAAUAAGAGGCAUAAUUUCCUAACGAAUUUCUGGUUACCUUGGCAAAUUGCCAGAUCUUACAGACUGUUUAUAAGUAGUUGCUUCAGUCAAAAUUUAUGUUUAGUUGGAGCAGUGUGCGGCUGAUUUUUCGGACUUCGUUGCGUUACUAUCACAAAAAUAUCAGAAACAUGAAAUUCGUAACGCUAUCACAGACUGAGGCUGUAAUGCCUACAUUAGGCUUAGGGACUUGGCAGGCAGCUCCAGAUGUAAUAGAAAGUACUGUCUAUAAAGCGCUAGAUUUGGGAUAUAGACACAUCGAUACGGCUUUUAAUUACAAUAACGAGGAAGCAAUCGGGAACGCGAUUAAGAGAUGGAUCAGCGAUGGAAAAGGGACGCGAAAAGAUUUGUUUAUUACCACCAAGCUUCCUCACGUAGGAAAUCGUGCGUCAGACGUAUUGAAGUUCUUAGAUCUGCAGCUGUGUCGCCUGCAGACUGAGUACGUGGACUUGUAUCUGAUCCACGUGCCCUUCGGCUUCCAUUGCGACCCCGAGACGCUCACGCCCGUGGUGAAGGAGAAUGGAGAGUACGACUUGGACAUGGAGACUAAUCAUAUCACUACAUGGAAAAAAAUGGAGGAAUGCCAGAAGAACGGUCUCGCUCGCAACUUAGGGCUGUCGAACUUCAACGAGAGCCAGAUAGAGAAGAUUAUGAAGGCGGCGACCUUGAAGCCACAGGUCCUGCAGGUGGAACUUCACGCGUACUUCCAGCAGAAGGACUUGCGCAAGUUCUGCGCCGAGAACAACAUUGUGGUGACGGCGUACGCGCCGCUGGGCAGCCCUGGGGCCAAGAACCAUUUCGUUACAAAAUACAACUACAGUCCCGAUGCCUUUCCCGACUUGCUUGGGCAUCCUGAAGUGGUACAAAUAGCCGAAAAACAUGGAAAAACAACAGCACAAGUACUCCUUCAUUUCCUGGUGCAGCAAAAGAUCGUUGUUAUUCCAAAGAGCACCAGCGAUAAAAGGUUAAAAGAAAACAUGCAAAUCUAUGAUUUUGAACUGUCGCCUGCUGAGAUAAACCGUCUAUCCAAACUGGACCAAGGCGAGGAUGGUCGCAUUUUCAAUUUCCUGUUCUGGAAGGGAGUUGAAAGGCAUCCCGAGUAUCCAUUCAAGAUUGAUGUCCCUGAGAUCGUCAAGGAAUAAUUUCAUCGCAUGAUUUUAAACAUUCUUAGAAGUAUUUACUUACUACCUUUGAGGUAACGCAAAGCGAGACUAAAAAGUUUUCUGCGGUUUGACACGCAGACGCAAAUCAUUCAAGGUUUAGCUUUAACACAAAUGUAUCAGUGAAACUGAUUUUUGUUUUAUGAUUUGGGCGUUAAACGUUAAUGUAGUAUUAUUAUUUUACUUUGAUGAAUAAAAUUCAUAAGUUGCA